CAGGCACCAAGGCUACCCAAGGCGGGAGAGACCAUCCACGGUCACAAGUUCUUCAUUGGUUUCGGAGGCAAAGGGGCAAACCAGUGUAUUCAGGCAGCUAGAAUGGGAGCCAAGACUGCCAUGGUCUGCAAGGUAUGACACCGUGACAGUAUAUGGCAAGCAAUCCCUCGCUCUCUCUCUUUCUCACUGUCCCUCUACUCUACUCUUUUUUUCCAGAACGCACUCUUUCACACUGAACUCUUCUAACCACCCUGUCAACGCUCCGGCCCUCAUUCUCUCUUGAGCCAUACCAUUACACAUGCAUAACACACACCCACACACCACACUCCUUCAAACACCAAUUAUUCCCAUACAUCCAACCCCAGGUCUCCAAUCAGCUAGGCACAGCAUGAAAAAAUGUCAGUAAAGUAGCUGAAGCCCCUCCUCUGUCACGAACAAAUGGUCCGAUCGAUAAGCUGUGCAACGCAGGAGCGUCUCUCCAUGCAUGGGCAGAGCCCAAAAAUAGAUGCCCAGGCUUUUGAGAAACAUCCAAGGAGGAAGGCCGCAUUUCAAAGACAAAUGGGGCCAAGGCUCCCACUAUAGUGCUACUACCGCUGCAUACUACACUUCAUAGGCAGUUAGGGCACAGAUGCCUCUUUGACUUCUUCCUUGAAAGCGUGGGAUAAAAGUGGGGAGCCUGAGGGCGAGGUGGGGACCCCUUCUACGCCCCCCCGAACGAGUUUAAGAUGUGGCCAUCCCAGAGCGGAUGGAGGGAUCGAGGGAAGGGGGGAGGAUGAGGGAGGAGAGGUGGACAUGAGGAGGCGUCGGACGGGUGGGGUCGUCGUAUCUUGAAGGCUUGGCGCGAUGGCCUUGUGUGUGUUCGCACGUGUGUCUGUGUGUGUGUGCGUUGUGUGCGUUGUGUGUGUGUGCAUGUGUUUGUGUAAUGUGACGGCACUUUGCCAGUAUGCCAGCGGGGUACGAGAAAAUACAACCCGAUUCUGGUUGGAGUUCACUGAACUUCAAAAAGUGUUUAUCUCAUGUAUUGCUUAGAUCAGUGUUUUCAAAGUUUCAUCAUAACAUUUUUAUUUCAGGUUGGCAAAGACUUCUUUGGAGAAAACUACAUCCAGAAUUUCAAGGACAAUGGUGUAUCCACUGGUAAGAAUACCAAAAAUGACAACUUUCAAAACAACAGACCAUUCUUAAAAGACAAAUAAUGUGCUUUACUUAUUUCAAAACUAGCUUGAAAUGCAACAGAUAUGCUAUUUCAUGGCAUGCAUCAUCCCAGACCUUGAUCAAAAUCAUAUGUAUUGAAAUGAUUUUUCUCGCUCUCUAGACUUUGUGGGGCAGACGGCUGACUCGGCCACAGGUGCUGCCUCCAUCAUUGUCAACGAU